AGCUCAACGGAAACAGAAUACUACGAUGGCUACGUUCGGGUAGAUAACCCUCAGACUAUCUUAGGGGGAGCUCUCAAUGCCCGUCCCACGAGACCAGAAAGUCCAUUGAGCGCCGUUCCGUCCGUUGAACGAGACGAUGGCGACAGUCGAUAUUCAGAAACAUUUUCUGAGCAAGGGCGUAUACAUAGCCCCUCAAGGAUGCUAGAUCAGCCUCCGUCUUUCCAUCGCCAUACGCGAGAUGGGGUCACUCGGGCAGAUUCUUUCAGUCACGGCAGUGUCUCGGGUCGGCACAUGCCUGACGAUCCUGUUAUCACUCACAUCAGUAGAUCUGACUCUGGGAGCGAUCAUACUGUUGAGGCACCCAGGACGCCAACGUCUAUUCACUCUAAUGCGAGAGUGGCUUCUGUACACACUCCAGGUAGUUAUCCGGGGAAGGCCCCUACUAAUAUAUAUGCGGACGGUCAUGAGAUUCGUCCGAUGCGAAACGAAGAAAUUCAUCCAGGUGGCCGAUCCCCUCACUCAGGUAGCCACGGUCCGAUUUAUUACAUCAUCCCUGGCGGGGUGAGUGUUAUAUUCCAAGACGAAUACGGGAAUGAAGUCGCAAGAGUUGGUGAUUUCAGUGGGCGCCCGACACGUCCUGCUCCAUUUGUUGUGCAGGAUAAGUAUGGGCGGGAGCUCUACAGGUGCAACAGUGUGACACAUCUGUUUCUGUAGAUUCGCUUAAGUAUUAACUAUAGCUACGAUGGCGGCGAUCGCGAAAGGCCC